UAUGUUUAGAGAGUAUAAAGUUGACGUCAUAUGUUUUGGGGAAUCCAUCAUGUCGCUAAAUACUGCACAUGCAAACGGCGGAGUACUCAUUUACUGUGGUGAACGGAUCCUGAUCUACUAUGAUAAUGUUGAAGUCUCACUAGAAUCCGAGGGAGGUCCAGUUCCACAGUUCAAAGGCAAUAAGAAGGGGCGCCUAUAUUUGACAACUCACCGGGUGAUAUUUAACAACCGCAACAACAAAGAUGUUCUUCAAUCAUUCAGUAUGCCAUUUUUCUGCAUGAAACAGCUUGAGCUGGAACAGCCUGUGUUUGGAGCAAAUUAUAUCAAAGGCAAAGUAGUGGCAGAGCAAAAUGGAAACUGGCAGGGAAUUGCUAAAUUUAAGAUGUGGUUCAACAGUGGAGGUGCCAUUGAGUUUGGUCAGGCAAUGUUGGAAGCAGGGAGGCUUGCAAACAGAAACAGGCCCCCUCAACCACCCCCAUACUUCCCACCAGCUGGGCCAUUUUACCAGGCACCACCCCCUGCGUAUGCACCCCCAGGGGAACCACUUUAUGGAUUUGUACCUUAUCAGACAUUCCCAACAGCCCCACCAGCUGAUGGUGUCUAUAUGACAGAGGCACCACCCCCAUAUCCAGGUAUUGACCCCAACCUGAGACCACCACCAUAUCCUCCCCAGCAAAACAACUCUGCAGAUGCCAAGGCAGCUGAAGCAGCAGCAAGUGCUUACAAUGGUGCCUACUAUGAUCCAGGCAACCCACAUAAUGUUUACAUGCCUCCUCCACAGGGGGCACCACCAGCAUACUCGGAGGCGGCAAAGAAAUACGACUAAUUAAUGAUUUGGAUGGAUGAAGACGAAGCAGGCCUUCAAAUAACUAAACUAAAUGUUCAGUGAAACAAAAAGACUGAAAGAGCAUUGUCGUUUAUUUCAGUUGGAAUUUUGAAACUAUUUAUCAAUUUGUCAUUUUUUUCUCAAACUGGUUUGGGUUUUAGUUAGAUAUUAAUAUCAUAGAUAUUAAUGUCACUUAGAUUGGAAUGGGUAGUUUGUUGUUGUGGAAGUGAAUUUUUACCUAAUGCAUCAAAAAAGUUGAUUCUUAUAAGGUAAAUUGUAAUUUUAUUUUUAUUCAUAAGAACUGUAAAUAUUCAUUAACUUCAUCUGAUCAUUUAUUAUUUCGUUGUUGUAAUAUAGACAAGUGCAAUUUUGUAAAGGAAGGUGUAGCAUCUUUCAAAAUUCUUGCAAAAGAUCAAGACAGUUGAUAGAUCCAAGAAGUAUAAAAGCAGAUCAAUACUAACAUGCUUAUAUGAUUUUACAACUUGGUAGCAGUGAAACCAAUAAUAAUACAUAUGUUGAAGUUAUUUAAUUGUGAAAAGAUCUAAAAGUAGGAGUGAAUUUAAGCACAAAUUUAUUUCAAAACCAGUGUACAGUGAUAGCAUUUGCCAGUGGAUGAGGCACAUUUUGACCUUUCAUAUAUGUACAUAUAGCCAAGAUAUCUAAUAAACCUAUUUAUUAUGCA